AGUUUUGCCUGACAAGUGACUUUACUUUUGAAGAGUAAGCGACCUCCCGACCAAAACAGUGAAAUGUAAACCAGUGUCAAGAUGUCUCAACAAGUAUCGCAACACUGACUGUCAGCUUAUGUUCAUUUUUAAAAAAGAAUUGAGGUUUAUAUUUACUACUGCCAAAAAUGGACUUCUCAGGUGUCCCUUUCGGAGAUGAAAUAUUAGGUUUUAGUGGAACAAAUGCUUUCAAUGAAGAAAAUGCAGCCUACACAGAAAUGUUUGGAACAGAAGGAGGAGAGGCAUUUCAGGGAGGAGAUGAAUUCGCACAUGCCACUCCUGAAGAUUUUGCUAAUGGUGGGGAUUACCAAGAAAGUAGGACAGUUUUGAUUGAUGGUGGCGAUCGUUUUGGUGUUUCAACACUUGCUGUUGAUACUCGUGAAGAAUUAGUUUGGGUUGGUAACAAUGGGGGCCAUGUGACUUCGUAUUACAGCUCAGAACUAAUGAAGUAUACUUCGUUUCAAGUACAUGAUACAGAGGAGAUAAGAGAUAUUCUGUCAAUAGAGCCAGGUAUUCUUGUUCUUACUCCCACAUCGCUUCAUCUACGAACAAGACAAGGAAUGCACACCCUAGUUCAUACAUCUCCUCAGUUAGAGAACAUGCAGUGCAUGUUGCAGUUGGCAGAUAACUUUAAUCAUAGGCUUUUAAUGGGAGGGCACCAAAGUACCUUAAUUGAAUAUGACUUGAUGCGUUUUGAAGAGACUGUUUUGCAUGAUGUAGGUGAAAAUGGAUGUGCCAUUCUUCGUGAUCAUCCAAGGUUUGUGUGUUGUGGUGAUGUUUCUGGGAGAAUCAGCUUGAAAGAUCCGAGGACCAUGCGACAGGAGCAUUCCUUUCAAGCACAUAGUGGCAUUCUUUCAGAUUUUGAUGUUUUAGGAAAUUAUAUCGCAACCUGUGGGUUCUCAAACAGAAUGUGUCAGGUCGUCCCAGAUCAGUUUGUUAUGGUGUUUGAUCUUAGAAUGAUGAAGUUUUCUCUUCCCUUGAGAGCUGUGGCCCCACCAACAUUUUUACGAUUUAUGCCUGGGUUAUCCUCAUGUCUUGCUGUUAUUGGACCACAGGGCCAGUGGCAGCUAAUGGAUGCUGGACGACCAGACAGUGCUAUAAUUGGCCAUUACCAUGCAAACAUUGCUCCAACAGGUGAUAUAACUUCCCUUGAUGUAUCAACUUCAUCACAAGCAAUUGUCAUGGGGGACAACUGUGGAUCAUUGCAUCUUUUUACAUCUUGUACCAAGCCAGUCUUCAACAAUUUUUCACAGGAGACCACACUACCUGAUGUCCCAGAGCAGACUCAAACAAUGCCAUUAACAGAUGUGACGAGCUCUUUGUCAUCUGUUCCCAUUUUUUAUCCAAGUAGCCCAAUGUUGUCUGAUUGGCCUGAGCAAUAUAUGAAGGUGCGAUACAGGUCAACACCCCCCGUGGAUGCUGAAGUCCUUCAAACUAUGAAACUUGUUGGACCAAUUGGUUAUGCACCUAAUUUACAUAAUAAGAAGAGGAAUCAAGUGGAAUAUAAAUUCAGUCGAAACAAGGGACCAAAGUCCAGUCAGAAUGAAAAUGUGAUUGUUAAAACAGAAGAUGGAAUUACAGUGCAUGUUCCUUGGCGAUAUCGUAAAAUGGAGAUAAAAUACAGCAAGCUUGGCAUAGAUGAUUUUGACUACGACCAGUAUAACAGAACUUGUUUCUCAGGGUUGGAUAAUUCACUGCCAAAUUCUUACUGCAACCCAAUGAUACAGAUGUUUUACUACAUUUCACCUUUGCGAGCUCUUGUGAUGUCACACUUGUGUGAACGAGAGUUUUGUCUAGUUUGUGAAUUGGGUUUCCUAUUUCACAUGCUGGAUGUUAGUAUGGGGCAAGGCACACCUUGCCAUGCCUCAAACUUCCUCAGAGCAUUUAGAACCAUUCCUGAAGCAUCUGCAAUGAGCCUGACGUUGUCAGAUCAAGAUAGUCGAGCAAAAAUUAAUUUUGCAACAAAAAUUCAGAGCUGGAAUAGAUUCGUGUUGCAGCAGCUUCAUACUGAGACUUUAGUGGAAAAAAUGACAGAUGAUAGUCAUUUGUAUUCCUUGGCUGAUGGGCAAAGCAUUCAGCAUCAAGCACAAGUGGCUACUGUUGAUGAAAAUCAAGUGGAAGGAGAAAAAACAGAUGAAGAGAAAAAAAUUGAACAUCAAGACAAGCAAGAGUUUUCUCCAGUUGCAGACAUUUUUGGGUCACAUGCAAUAAGCAUAAAUCGUUGCACACGUUGUUGUCAUGAAAUUCAUAAAGAUACUACAUCUCUUCUUGUUAACCUCUCAUAUCCAGAAGUAAAUGGAGAUUCCCCACCUGGCUUCAUUCCGUUUUCAAGCAUAGUAGAAAGAAGCAUGGGCUUGGAACAAACUAGGCAAGCAUGGUGUGAUUCAUGCACAAGAUACCAACCCAUUGAGCAGUGGAGACGUUACAGGACUUUACCAAAUAUUCUGGCUACGAAUUGUGGCCUAGAUAGUGCCCAGGAUAUUAAAUUUUGGCGGAAUCAGUUUGAAAUAUUGUUGACUGAGGUGAAAGAGAAGCAGAAAGAGGAGAAAAAGAAUGCUGAAGUUAAAAAAGAUAGUGAAGACAAAGAAAAUAAAAAUGACCGUUCAGCAGCUGUUACAGGAAGUCCAUCAACACCUUCAAAAAGAAAUGCAUAUCCUGAGAGUCCUGCGCAGCACACACCUAAUGCACGCCCUUGUAGAUAUGGUACUUCAUGCACUCGUUCUGAUUGCCGUUUUGGACAUCCAGGACGGGAUACUGCAGAUGGUCAGCAGCCUGCUCACAUAUUAAGCUUACUGGAUCAAACAAUGGAGCAUUCUUGGGUUCCAUUUGGCAUGAGGGCAAAGCUUAAUGAAAAUGGAACAGUAAAUCUUAAAGAUAUACCAAAAGCUAAGCUUGAAGAAUUGGUUGAUAAUGAAGAUGGAGUUGUCUAUGAACUUGUAGGGGUAGUUUCUCACAUUGGAGAUCCUCGCUUUCCAGACAAAAAUAACUUGGUGGCAUGUAUCAAAGUGGGCCCUACAUAUCAUGUACGAGCCAAAGUGUCAUCUGUGUCACAUUGGUAUUUAUUUAAUGACGUCAGUAUUCAGCCAAUUGCUGCUGAGGAAGCAGUGUGGUUCCCAUGUGGUUGGAAAGUACCUUGUGUCCUGUAUUGGCAACGACGUCAUAUUCCUUCAGCGCUCGAAAAAAUAGAACCAGGUAAUCCAAUAACUAGUGAUGUUUUUGGAGAAGAUAAGUCACUGGCGCAAAGAGGAAGAAAACGAAUCACUUUUACACCUCUCACAGCAGAUGAAAUGCCAGGCGAAGGUGACUUGGUUGCAAUGGAUGCAGAGUUUGUUAAUUUACAUCAGGAAGAAGCAGAAAUUCGUAGCGACGGCACAAGAACAACUAUAAAGCCAUCUCAGAAGUCUGUCGCCAGAAUAACUUGCAUUAGAGGACAAGGACCAUUAGAAGGCACACCAUUCUUAGAUGACUAUAUAUCAACCCAGGAGCAGGUUGUUGAUUACCUUACUCAGUUUUCUGGCAUUAAACCUGGGGAUCUGGAUGCCAAUUUUUCACAGAAACACCUCACAACGCUCAAAUCAACGUACAUAAAGCUGCGGUACUUAGUUGACAAAGGUGUGAAAUUUGUUGGACAUGGAUUGAAAAAUGAUUUCCGAGUUAUCAACAUGACUGUGCCAGCAAAUCAGCUAAUAGACACUGUUCUCCUGUUCCACAUGUCACACAACCGGAUGGUGUCACUCAAGUUUCUUGCAUGGCAUUUUCUUAAAAUAAAAAUCCAAAGUGUUACACAUGACAGCAUUGAAGAUGCUAGGACAGCACUUGCACUGUAUCAGAAAUAUUGUGAAUUAAAAGCCAGUGGUGAUCUUGUCAUGGAGCUACAAAAUCUCUACGAAGCUGGGAAAAAGGCACAGUGGAAAGUACCUGGAGAAGAAGAAGAUGAAUAAAAGUUUAAAUAAUGUUUUAAGUAAUAGAGGAAGCUUAGGGGUGGUUAAGUAUUGGUGAAUGUUUGAAGAUGGUGUAUCAUUUUUGCGUAGAUGAUCGCCAUAUCCAAUAUUAAUGAUAGGUUGAUGUGUACGUAUAGAGAUUAUUUUAAUAAUAAGGUGGCUGAGGAUGAUUGACUACCAUCAGUUAUUGACAAAAAGGCAGUUUGAUACUUAAAAGUUGUUCAUGGUACAAAUUAUAUUUGGUUUUAAUGAGUUUUUCCUUUUGUACUUAAAGGAACUAUUACUAAUUUUAAUGUAAAUACAUCAAUACUGUAUCAAAUUUUAAUCUGUACAUAAAGUGCAAAUUACUCAGAAGUCAAAACAUUUGUGGUUUUGAAACACCUUUGUACAUUCUGUUUUUAUAAUUAAAAUAAAAUGUAUUUUUA